AUGUCAGAAAAAGCAGGCCAAAAACAAACAUUUUGGGUGAAACCAAAGACUGAAACACCAGCAGAUGAGCCAGUGUUGAAGCUGUACAACACACUCACACAUUCGAAGGUGGAGUUUGUGCCGAUCAAACCGCAUGAAGUGAAAUGGUACUCGUGUGGCCCAACGGUUUACAAUGUGAGUCAUAUGGGUCACGCCCGGAAUUAUGUUACGAUCGAUAUCAAUCGGCGGAUAUUGCAGGAUUACUUUAACUACGAUGUGACGUUUGUGCAGAAUGUGACGGACAUUGACGACAAGAUCAUCCUCAAGGCGAGGGAGGAGUAUCUCUUGAAGAAUUACAUUGAGAAGCAGUCUGGGAAGAUUACUAAGGAGUAUGUGGAGAAGGUGAAGGAAGGACUUGGAAAGUACAUUGCGAAGAACUUGCCGGAUUACAAGGGCCCGGCUUUAGACUACGGGGCGUUCCGUAAGUGGGCAGAGCAGUUGGACAUGAAGCAGUUGAAGAUUAGCCGGCCAAAAGUGCCGAUGCACGUGAAAUCGUGUCUUGGAGCAUUUUCGGCAGUCGAGAGCGCAAACAGCGGUAAAGCAGAUGCUGAAGUGGACGGAGAACAGUUUAAGGUGUUUGUUGAUGCGACGAGGGAUGUUGUGAUGCCACUUUUGGACGCGGAACUGGGCUCGACGGUGACCGACCCGGCGAUUUUCCGGAAUUGUGCCGCUUUCUGGGAGAGGAAGUUCGAUGAGGACAUGAGCCGGUUGAACGUGAUGCCCCCAACAGUCAUCACACGCGUGUCGGAGUACAUUCCGGAGAUUGUGGAUUUUGUGGCGAGAAUCGUGAAGAAUGGGUACGGGUACGCGACGAAAGACGGGUCGGUGUACUUCAACACGGCGAAAUUCGACGCGGCGGAAAACCACACCUAUGCAAAGAACCAGCCAUGGUCCAAGCACGAUUUGGCGCUUAUUGAGGAUGCGGAGGGCUCACUUUCGCUCGGCCACCCGGAAUCAAAGCUUAACGCGUCAGAUUUCGCCCUCUGGAAGGCAUCGAAGCCCGGCGAACCGGCAUGGGAGUCACCAUGGGGCAAGGGAAGACCCGGGUGGCACAUUGAGUGCUCUGUGAUGUCGUCGGACUUCUUUGGGCAGCACAUGGACAUCCACUCGGGCGGAAUUGACCUUGCAUUCCCGCACCACGACAACGAAUCGGCCCAGUCCGAGGCCUAUUUCGACUGUAGGCAGUGGGUGAACUACUUUUUGCACACGGGCCACCUACACAUCGAGGGCCAGAAGAUGUCGAAGUCGUUGAAGAACUUCAUCACGAUUGGUGACGCGUUGAAGAAGUACACGUGUCGUGAACUCCGGCUCUGUUUCGCGUUGGUCCAGUGGAACAACCCGCUAGACUUCAAGGACAGUCUUUUGGCCGAGGCCCGGUCGCUGGAGUCCGCGUUCAGCAAGUUUUUCCAGAAGGUUCGGGCCUUGCAGUUGGAUAACCAGGCUCGGCUUGCUGCUGGGGAGCUCAUCGGCAAGAAGUUCAAUGCGCCGGAAAAGAGGCUCUUUGCAGACUUGCAGGAGUGCAAGAAGGCUGUGCACGCGGCUUUGUGCGACAACCUUGCCACCCCAGUUGCCCUCCGGGAGCUGGCAGACCUCGUGACCAGGGCAAACAGCUACGUUAGCGGUGCGGGGGUGGAUCUCCGGGUCGAUUUGCUUGCCCAGGUGUCUCUCUACCUCACUAAAAUGGUCAGGGUGUUUGGAUUUCCCGUCCGGCAAGACGGUUUGGGCUGGGUUGAGGACGGAAAUGCCACCUUCAGCACCGGAAAUGCCGCCGGAACCGGCUCCAGCGGCCAGGUAUCCGGUCAAAGCCAGGCUGUGUCUGCUGAGGCGGUCGCAAUGCCUUACUUGCAGGUUUUAUCACGGUUCAGGGACCUCGUCCGGCAAACUGCGAUCGAGAAAAAGGGUCUUGGAUCCCUCCUUGAGGCCUGCGACAAGCUCCGGGACGAGCAGUUGCUUCCGUUGAAUGUAGUUCUUGAUGAUCGCACGCAGGGCCAGGGUGCAUUGAUCAAAUUUGUGAGCGACAAGGAGCGUGACGAGUUGGUGGAGCAGCAGAAGGAGAAGCAGCAGCAACUUGAGGAGAAGAGAAAGCGUAAGCAGGCCCAGAAAAGCAUCAACGAGCAGAAGAUGCGCGAAAAGCUCGAGAAAGCGAGCGUUGAUCCUGUGAAAAUGUUCCGUACGCGUGCUUUUGAGAGCCAAUACAGUGCCUGGGAUGAUGAUGGGAUCCCUGUCAAGAAUAAGAAGGGUGAAGAGCUUAGCAAGAGUGCUCGUAAGAAGCUUGCCAAGCAGUGGAGGCAGCAGCAGAAACUGCACGAGUGGUUCUUGAAGCAGCAGAAAUAG